UUCUGCUUGGCUUCAAAGUCGUUAUUAUAAAUAAACAAAUAAAGUCGUAUGUGGAUAGCUUUUUAAAUUCACGAAUAUUUUCAUUUAUUGAAAGUAAAGACGUGUAUAGUGCAUUUAUUCUCGUUAGGAUCAAUAAUGGGUAUGUCACGGUGUUACUCCCUCAUGAAGUAUCUUUUAAUAGUGUUCAACAUAAUAUUUAUGUUUGUGGGCUUGGGUUGUGUAACUUUUGCUUCUUGGGCUCUGUGGGAAGGAAGUGCUGCAGAGACUGCUUCAGGACGUGCAGCAUUGGGCGCCGUAUUGGCGUGGGGCCUUGCUCUACUAGUUGGAGCUGCUUUGGCUUUGGGUGGAGCGGUGAGAAGUUCUUGCGCGUUAUUGGGUGCGGCUUGUGCAUUGCUAGCGCUGGCCGCCGCAGCUGAGGCCGCAGCCGCGUGUUGGGGCGCCGCUCACUUGCCACGCCUGCACCGUGCUCUGCGUGACACCCUGUCCCUUACAGUACGACAACAUUAUGGACUCCUACCCUCUCGCACUCAGAUCAUUGAUGCCAUACAAGAGGGGUUGGAGUGUUGCGGGGCAGACAGUGCACGUGACUGGCAGGAGUCAUGGUGGUCGCAGCGGCAAGUGCCGUCCUCGCCUGUAUUAGAUCUCUCCGUGUCCGCGCCGGCACUACACUACUCUGUGCCGGCCUCCUGCUGCAAGAGUCGCGAGGUGGCGGCGUGCGAGGCGGCGCGCGUGCUGGCAGGCGCGAGCGGGGCGGGGCGCGGGGUGCACGGCGCGGGGUGCGCGGGGCGCGUUCUGUGGGCGCUGCAGCACGCCGCGCGGCUGCCGCUCUCGCUGGGCGCGCUGAUGCUGGCGCUCCACGCCCUCACGUUGUUGCUGACGCUGGCGCUCGCCCUCCGGCCCGCUCCUCCCAACGCGUACAAAGCGUGAUCGCGUCACAUCGAUACAUUAAAAACAGUACUCAUCUCUGUAAAUAACCACUAUAUUAUUGGUCGAUGCAUUGAACGCUAAGUCCCGACGUUCUCAACUCUAUGAACCAAGACUGUUUUAUUUAUUAUCCUUAGUAUUUCCAGUGCAAAGUAAUAUUUACUGACUACUGACCGUUAUACAAAUGCUUUUCAAAAUUAUCUAAAUUGAAUUUCUAGAAAUGAAACGGCAAAAACACGCAAUAUUAAUUAUUAAACUGAAUUGAAAUUAUUUUGGA